CAGGAAGUGCUUCUUGACGGCUAUAAGAGAAAGUGGAACACAUUGUCCUCUCUGCCGGGGGAGCGUGACUAAAAAAGAAAGAACGUAUCCCAAAAGGGCUCUAGAUGUUGAAAACAAUAUGAAGAGAGCUUCUGGGGGCUGUAGAUGCUGUGAGAAGCAGGUUAGAUUUUCGUGGAUGAGACAGCAUUAUAAAACCUGUAAGAAGUAUCAGGAUGAAUAUGGUGUUUCUUCUAUUAUUCCAAAAUUAGAGAUUUCCCAAGAUCCAACAGGGAACAGUAGCAGGAGUGAUGCAGUAUCUGCAAUAUCUGAUAAUGGCGAGAUGGCUAAUAAUCAAAUACUUCAAGGAGAAACAAGUGGACACCCAACCUUCAAAUGUCCUCUGUGUCAGGAAGCCAAUUUUACCAGACAGCGCUUGCUGGAUCACUGUAAUAAUAGACAUCUUUAUCAGAUAGUUCCUGUGAUCUGUCCUAUUUGUGUAUCUCUUCCUUGGGCAGAUACUAACCAAGUUACUAGAAAUCUUGUUAGCCAUCUAAAUCUAAGACACCGGUUUGACUACGGAGAAUUUGUGAAUCUUCAGCUGGAUGAAGAAGCCCAAUACCAAAAUGCAGUUCAAGAAUCCUGUCACGUGAACUUUUAAAGUUUAGCUCCCUUCCUCUUACUGAGAAUCUGAG